AUGGCCCGGGGCGGCGGCGUCGGAGCGUCGUCGGCGUCGGCGGCCCCCCCGGUGGUGCUGAACGUGGGCGGCGCCCGCUACUCUCUGUCCCGGGAGCUGCUGAAGGACUUCCCGCUGCGCCGGGUGAGCCGCCUGCACGGCUGCCGCUCGGAGCGCGACGUGCUGGAGGUGUGCGACGACUACGACCGGGAGCGCAACGAGUACUUCUUCGACCGGCACUCGGAGGCCUUCGGCUUCAUCCUCCUCUACGUGCGGGGCCACGGCAAGCUGCGCUUCGCCCCGCGGAUGUGCGAGCUGUCCUUCUACAACGAGAUGGUCUACUGGGGGCUGGACGGCGCGCACCUGGACCACUGCUGCCAGCGGCGCCUCGACGACCGCCUGUCGGACGGCCAGCCCUUCGCCGCCGCGGGCCCCGACGCCCCCGCCGCCGCGGGCCCCGCCGCCGCGGGCCCCGCCUCCGCCGCCGCCUCCGCGGGCCCCGCGCCUCCCCUCCCCGACGGCGCGGCCCCCGGGCCCGCCCCGCGCCGCCGCUGGCUGGAGCGGAUGCGCAGGACCUUCGAGGAGCCCGCCUCGUCGCUGGCCGCGCAGGUCCUGGCCGGCGUGUCGGUGGUGUUCGUCAUCGUGUCCAUGGUGGUCCUGUGCGCCAGCACCCUCCCCGACUGGCGGGCGGCGCCCGACCACCGCGGCCUGGAGGAGCGGAGCAGGAUAAUUGAAGCCAUCUGCAUCGGCUGGUUCACCGCCGAGUGCAUCGUGAGGUUCAUCGUCUCCAGAAACAAGUGCGAGUUUGUCAGGAGGCCCCUCAACAUCAUCGACUUACUGGCCAUCACCCCCUAUUACAUCUCCGUUGUGAUGACGGUCUUCACGGGAGAGGAUUCCCAGCUCCAGAGGGCAGGUGUCACCCUGCGCGUGCUCCGGAUGAUGCGGAUUUUUUGGGUGAUCAAGCUGGCCCGCCACUUCAUCGGCCUGCAGACCCUGGGCCUGACGCUUAGGCGCUGCUACCGGGAGAUGGUGAUGCUGCUCGUCUUUAUUUGCGUUGCCAUGGCGAUCUUCAGCGCGCUCUCCCAGCUCCUGGAGCACGGCUUGGACCUGGAGACGUCGAACGAGGACUUUGCCAGCAUCCCCGCCGCCUGCUGGUGGGUGAUCAUCUCUAUGACGACGGUCGGCUACGGCGACAUGUACCCCGUCACGGUGCCCGGGCGGCUCCUUGGGGGGGUCUGCGUGGUGAGCGGCAUCGUCCUGCUGGCCCUGCCGAUCACCUUCAUCUACCACAGCUUUGUGCAGUGCUACCACGAGCUCAGGUUUAGGUCCGCUAGGUGCGGCAGGAGCCUGUCCGCCGACCUCCUAAAUUGAGGUGGGGCCCAG